AUGGAGGUGGCUGAGGUAGAGAGUCCUCUGAACCCCAGCUGUAAGAUCAUGACCUUCAGACCCUCCAUGGAGGAGUUCCGGGAGUUCAACAAAUACCUCGCGUACAUGGAGUCUAAAGGAGCCCAUCGAGCGGGUCUUGCAAAGGUGAUUCCUCCUCGGGAAUGGAAGCCAAGGCAGUGCUAUGAUGACAUUGAUAAUUUGCUUAUUCCAGCACCAAUUCAGCAGAUGGUCACAGGGCAGUCGGGACUGUUCACUCAAUACAACAUCCAGAAAAAAGCCAUGACAGUGAAAGAGUUCAGGCAGCUGGCUAACAGUGGCAAAUACUGUACUCCAAGAUACUUGGAUUAUGAAGAUUUGGAGCGCAAGUAUUGGAAGAACUUAACUUUCGUAGCACCCAUCUAUGGCGCCGACAUUAAUGGAAGCAUAUAUGAUGAGGGUGUGGAUGAAUGGAACAUAGCUCGCCUAAAUACGGUCUUGGAUGUGGUUGAGGAAGAGUGCGGUAUUUCUAUUGAGGGUGUAAACACCCCUUAUCUCUAUUUUGGCAUGUGGAAGACCACAUUCGCGUGGCACACCGAGGAUAUGGACCUCUACAGCAUUAAUUAUCUCCACUUUGGAGAGCCCAAGUCUUGGUAUGCAAUACCCCCGGAACAUGGAAAACGACUUGAAAGACUAGCUCAAGGUUUUUUCCCAAGCAGUUCUCAAGGGUGUGAUGCAUUUCUUCGCCACAAGAUGACACUGAUAUCUCCCUCAGUACUGAAGAAGUAUGGUAUUCCCUUUGACAAGAUCACUCAGGAGGCUGGAGAAUUUAUGAUUACUUUUCCAUAUGGCUACCAUGCUGGUUUUAAUCAUGGUUUCAACUGUGCAGAAUCUACAAAUUUUGCUACAGUCAGAUGGAUUGACUAUGGGAAGGUUGCUAAAUUGUGCACCUGCAGGAAAGACAUGGUGAAAAUUUCAAUGGAUAUUUUUGUGAGGAAAUUUCAGCCAGACAGAUAUCAGCUUUGGAAGCAAGGAAAGGAUAUAUACACCAUUGACCAUACAAGGCCUACUCCAGAAUCCACACCUGAAGUAAAAGCAUGGCUGCAGAGGAGGAGGAAAGUAAGAAAAGCAUCCAGGAGCAAACAUUCUGCUCUGACCACAGUGUCUCUUGUUAAUAGUUUCCAGUGCACUGGUUCUUACCCUAAGAGGCUUAAGAAUGAGGAGGAUGAAGAAGUGUCACCUGCAGUCGAUAGGGUGGAGGGCCUCACCUCUGACCAAGACCCAGAAGACCUCAAGGUCAGCGAAAAAUCAGAAGAAGCGGUGAAGAUGGGGAACCCAGAAUCUCCUUUAGAAGAAGAGGCUUCUGCUAGCAGGAAGCAGUCAGAUCAGAAUUCAUCAGAUAAUGUCAAACUCUCAGGAAAUAGUUGCUUAAGCACAUCUAUACCAGAAGAAGUACCAAUUAAGGAUGACCAAGCCUAUGGUGUAAUUCUACCUUCAAAUCCCAGUGAAGCUGAUGAUUCCAUAUCUGGUGGCCAUGUGACAUCCAAGGAAUCAGACCCACCCAAGCUUCCAUGGCCAAAGUUACCUGAGUCAUGCUUCUCAGUGGCAGAGAGUAACAGUGUGUUGAUAGAGGGAGAUGAGAGUGAUGUGGAGACCCGCAGGAGUGGCCUCGAACCUGGGGAGAUCCCAGUGAUCCCCAGGGGAGAGAGAAAUGGCCUCGCUGUCCUUGGUAGAAUAGAGGGAGAAACCAAAACUGCUAAAAGUUGGCGCCAUCCACUUAGUAAGCCUCCGGCAAGGUCCCCAUUGACUCUGGUGAAGCAGCAGGCAACAAGUGAUGAAGAAUUGCCCGAGGUUCCAUCGAUUGAGGAGGAAGUGGAAGAAACAGAGUCUUGGGCGAAGCCUUUGGUCCACCUUUGGCAGACGAAGUCCCCAAACUUUGUGGCUGAACAGGAGUAUAACGCAGCCAUGGCCAGAAUGGAGCCACACUGUGCCAUCUGUGCUCUUCUUAUGCCAUACUACAAGCCAGAUAGCAGCAAUGAAGAAAAUGAUUCUAGAUGGGAGACAAAAUUAGACGAAGUUGUUACUCCGGGAGGAAAGACUAAGCCCCUCAUUCCAGAGAUGUGUUUUAUUUAUAGUGAAGAAAAUAUAGAAUAUUCUCCACCUAAUGCCUUUCUGGAAGAGGAUGGAACAAGUCUUCUGAUUUCCUGUGCAAAGUGCUGCGUACGGGUUCAUGCAAGUUGCUAUGGUAUCCCUUCUCAUGAGAUCUGUGAUGGAUGGCUAUGUGCCCGGUGCAAAAGAAAUGCAUGGACAGCAGAGUGCUGUCUCUGCAAUUUGAGAGGGGGUGCUCUUAAGGAAACGAAGAACAAUAAGUGGGCCCAUGUCAUGUGCGCCGUCGCGGUCCCAGAAGUUCGAUUCACUAAUGUCCCAGAAAGGACACAGAUAGAUGUAGGCAGAAUACCUUUACAGAGGUUAAAAUUGAAAUGCAUCUUCUGCAGACACCGGGUCAAGAAGGUCUCUGGAGCCUGCAUCCAGUGUUCCUAUGGCCGUUGCCCAGCCUCCUUCCAUGUCACAUGUGCUCAUGCUGCUGGGGUGCUGAUGGAGCCUGAUGAUUGGCCAUACGUGGUGAACAUCACAUGCUUUCGACAUAAGGUCAACCCAAAUGUGAUGAACAAACUGAGGCUGAUAAAGGUUCAAGAUCCCAAGAUCACACAGCUAAAGUCCAAGGCUGGCGAGAAGGGCAUCUCUGUGGGGCAGACGGUCAUCACGAAGCAUCGGAACACCCGGUAUUACAGCUGCAGAGUGAUCGCUGUGACAUCGCAGACCUUCUAUGAGGUUGUGUUUGAUGAUGGCUCCUUCAGCAGAGACACAUUCCCUGAGGAUAUAGUGAGCCGAGACUGUGUGAAACUGGGCCCUCCUGCUGAGGGAGAAGUUGUCCAAGUCAAGUGGCCUGAUGGCAAACUCUAUGGAGCAAAAUAUCUGGGAUCAAAUGUUGCCCACAUGUACCAGGUUGAAUUUGAAGAUGGAUCCCAGAUAGCAAUGAAGAGAGAGGACAUCUACACUUUAGACGAAGAGUUACCCAAGAGAGUGAAAGCUCGUUUCUCCACAGCCUCUGAUAUGCGAUUUGAAGACACAUUUUACGGAGCAGACAUAAUCCAAGGGGAGAAAAAAAGACAGAGAGUGCUGAGCUCCAGGUUUAAGAACGAAUAUGUGGAUGACCCUGUGUACCGCACAUUUUUGAAGAGCUCUUUCCAGAAGAAGUGUCAGAAGAGACAGUAA